AUGGCUUGGGUAAUUGCGAGGAGGCGUUUCGUGGUUCGGCGGAUGCUGUGGUAUGGUCGUUGUGAAGCAGAUGUGGAGGAUGUGUCGUCAGUUCGAACGGAAGGAGAUCGUGGUGGUGUGGAGGAUCGUCUUCGUAAUGGUGGUCGACCAGGGCGACGUGUGGUUCCGCGGCGUGGAUUGGACGUGGAUGGAAUGUUGAGGGCGUCAGAGGAUGGAAUUUCGCCGAUUGGAGGUGUGUGGUGUGAUACGCCAGAGGUGCGUGUGAUGGAAUUGGAGGAUAAUGGUCCGUGGCGUGGCAUGGUGUUGGAUGUUUCACAAAUCAAUCACGAAAAAGAUGAAGUUCUCGCAGCGGACGUUCGAGAUGAAGUGAAGUUUCUUCCGCGGAUUUCAUCUUGGCUUCAGGAAGAAGGAUCCGUAGUAGACAUACUUCCAAUCUACAUGGAAGAAAAACGGCAAUCGUUCGUCUGGAGAGUCGUUACAGCUUCUGACACCGGCAUCAGGGUGGGGAUCAAACCAGUGGAUUUACGACACGCAGGGAUUAGUUUAGUGAUGUGCCUUAUGCGUUACCCAGGUUUUGUGGGUGUGGGGGGAAAAAAAGAAGCGAGAAAGACAGGUUCCAUUGCCACGGCAAACAAACAAAUUGGGGAAUAA